AUGAUGGUCGAACCGGGGUUCCCAUCAUCACCCAUUGUGGUCAAAUCGAAGUUCCCACAUGGGCAUAUUGUGGUCGAGCAGGGGCUCUCACACAAGUACAACGUGAGCGGACAGGAGUCCCCACGCGAGAGCAUGAUGGUCGAACCGGGGUUCCCAUCAUCACCCAUUGUGGUCAAACCGAAGUUCCCACAUGGGCAUAUUGUGGUUGAGCAGGGGCUCCCACACGGGUUUACGGCGGCCGAGUUGGAGCUCCCGCAUUAA